AUGUCCAGGUCUUUCUAUGUCGACUCCCUCAUCAUCAAGGACUCGGUUCGACCCGGACCGGUGGAGCACCCGGGCCAGGACUUCCUCAUCCCCAUCAGCAUGCACUCCCCGGGCAUGAUGACGGUCGGCGGUCCGGUGUGUCCCUCCAGGAAGACGGGGACCUUCUGUGUGUGUCCUCUGUGCGUCACGUCCCACCUGCACUCGUCCCGAGGAGGGAUGCCCAUGAUGAAGGGCCAGUUCCCCGGAGCAGAGCAGUACUGUCACCGGAUAGGACACCACCAGUCUGCUGCUCUCACACCUGUCUGCACACCCAGCUUCAGCGUCACAGACCCGAGGAGGUACCACUGCCUCUCCAUCGGCUCCUCCGACAGCAGCCACAUACAGAAUGGGAAGAGGAUGCGCACUGCGUUCACCAGCACGCAACUCCUGGAACUGGAAAGGGAGUUCUCCACGAACAUGUACCUCUCCAGACUCAGGAGAAUCGAGAUCGCCACAUACUUGAGCCUGUCGGAGAAGCAGGUGAAGAUCUGGUUCCAGAACCGCAGGGUGAAGCACAAGAAGGAGGGGAAGGCCACCCAGAGGAGCGCUCACAGCAGUGGAUGCAAGUGCACCAGCGGCCACACGGACUACUCGAGGUCGGAGGAUGAGGAGUCUCUGUCUCCGGCCUCUGCGUCGGAGGAGAAGGAGGUGUCGCCCAUCUGA